UUGAUCGAUCACCAACUAUCAGGAAUAUUCAUUACGGACAAUAUAGAACGUUAUGAGUUUGGAAAUAUACAGAGGUUCACCAUAAUCUGGACAUCAAAACAAAUAUGUUCUGGACAGAACACCUUGGAAGAUCCAGCUCCAUGGAUACAGCUAGCGCAUGAGAGAACUUUGGAUUUUCAAGUGGAUUAUCUGCAAGGGAAAAAAUUUAAAGAUGAGCCAAUCAACAUCAAAAAAGUAUUAGAUAAAACUGAUGAGAACACUAGCAUCGUCAGUAUGUUAUCUCUGAUAAUGGAUUUAAGUAACAGAACGUUAUCUAAUCCAAACUUUCAGAAACUGCUGAGUAAUAAGAAUAUAUAUUUUGAUGUCAUCAUUAUAGAAUGGAUGUUCUCUGAAGUGUAUGCCGGACUUUCCAAUGUCUACAACUGCCCUUACGUCUGGUUCUCAACAGUGGAACCACAUUGGAUGAUAUUAGAUUUAAUAGAUGAAGCUCCGAACCCGUCUUACAAUGUAGAUGUAAUUUCUGAUAGCGUCCCGCCGUUUACUUUUGUGCAACGUGUUAAGGAGCUAUCUUCACAGGUUUUGGGCAGACUGUUACGUUAUUAUUACACAUCAUCUACGGAAAAUCAACUUUAUGAGGAAUAUAUAAUACCGCACAUUAAGAGCCGAGGUGGUGAAGUUUCCUCUUUGGACACUUUAAAAUAUAAUGCAUCAUUGGUGCUGAGUAAUUCUCACGUGUCCCUGGGUCUGCCAAUAAGACAUCCGGUCAAUUUGAUCCCUAUUGGAGGAUACCAUAUCGAUUCCAAAGUUAAACCUUUACCUCAGGUAACUUAA